AGAUGACCAUUCCUUGCCCUGGUGUGUACACACUUUUUGAUUUUCCGGUGCAUUUCAUUAGCAAAUUGUUUAACACAAAAUAAGCAUUUUAAGCAACAGAAACGCAAAAUGGCCGAAGAUGAGCACGAAGAGCAGAAGGAGUACCGCUGGGAAACGGGCUACGAGAAAACAUGGGAAGCUAUCAAGGAUGAUGAGGACGGGUUGCUGGAUGGAGCCAUCGCGGAGAUCAUCCAGAAGGCCAAGCGCCAGCGCCUGGCGCAGAAAGCGAAACAAAACCGCCUUGGCAUGAUGCGCCACCUGUUUAUAGUGCUAGACUGCUCCGAGUCCAUGAGUGUGCCGGACUUAAAGCCCACGCGAUUGCGCUGUACCGUCAAGCUGCUUGAGGUGUUCAUCGAAGAGUUCUUCGACCAGAACCCUAUUAGUCAGCUCGGCAUUAUCGCGCUCAAGGCAAAGCGGGCCGAAAAGGUGACGGACCUCACCGGCACCUCUCGUGUACACCUUAAGGCUUUGGAGGGCUUGGCGAACGUCUCCCUGACCAGCGAACCAUCACUCCAGAACGGCUUGGAUCUAGCGUUAAAAACGCUCAAAGUCGUUCCCCCACACGCGUCGCGAGAGAUCGUUGUUAUCAUUGGCUCCCUGACUACCUGCGAUCCCGUGGAUAUUAAUGUUACCAUUGAUGAGCUGAAAAAGGAGGGCAUACGUUGCUCGGUUAUUUCGCUGUCGGCUGAGAUCCGCGUUGCCCGCUACCUUACACAGCAGACGAUGGGUACAUUCGGUGCUGUGCUAGAUGAUGCCCACUUCAGGGAUCAGCUGAUGUCACAGGUGGAUCCCCCACCCGCAGCAAAGACUCAGCACAAUUCGCUCAUAAGAAUGGGCUUUCCGCACACCAAAAGCGAGGUGGAGGGCAAGGAUGCUCCUCUGUCCAUGUGCAUGUGUCACAUAGAGAACUUGGAGGAGCCUAGUGAGCUUUCCACCACCGGACAUCACUGUCCGCAGUGCAACAGCAAGUACUGCGAACUACCGGUGGAGUGUCAGUCCUGUGGCCUGACAUUAGUCUCGGCGCCGCAUCUCGCCCGAUCCUACCACCAUUUGUUCCCAGUGCCUAACUUUGAGGAGCUGCCAUUUGAGUCAAUGCCGGCCUCUGCGGGUUCUUCAGAUCACGACCGCGACGGUGGGAUCAAAGACUGCUACGCGUGUGCCAAGGCCCUCGCACCUGUCGUCGACAAAAUUGUUUAUAAGUGCAGUUUUUGUAAGCAGUUCUUCUGCACCGACUGCGAUGUCUUUAUCCAUGAGACCCUGCACGCCUGCGUUGGCUGCAACACAAUUCCCGGCGUAGACGGCCUGAUCUACCAGCAGUGCACCAAAUCCGGAGAGGACGAUACGCAUCCGGGUAGCUCAAAGCAGCGAGUCCAGUUCGGCAUUUAACAGUACACUGUGCACUGACUAGCUUUUGAUACUUAGAUAAUAAAAACCUCGAAUUACGCUUAGAAA